GUUGGUGGAGACGAACGUGCUGACGGGUGUCACUAUCGCGUGCAUCGGUUCCGUAGGAUCGAUACGCGUAAAGUUGAGUGCAUCUGUGCUUCGAACGAAGUUUGAGCCGACAAAUUAAUACGAUAUUGAACAUAUCGGAAUGACAGUGGAUCCCAGAGAAAAGUUAAUCGUUAUAUUGGAUUUCAUCACAGUGCUAAAUAUUUGUUUGUAAACAAUGGGAGCACCUGCGUGGGGGUCCCGCGGUGGCGACCGACCGCGGUUGCUGCGAAUGACGCCCCUACGUCACAGUUUUGCUGCACCCGCCACACCGCCCGCGCAACCGCCUCGCACACACGACUAUGCAUCUGAUGCCGAUACCAAUAAAAAAGAAGAAAGCUGGAACGCAAACUUAUCUCAGAGAUGGAGAAAGUUAAGACGUCGAUGUUCGCGAUUGCGGCCCGGAUCUGGUAAUCGCGAACCCAGCCCUGUACGAUGUUCACCGUCGCCCCCGCGACCUCCUCCACACUGCUCCCCUGCACCGCCUUCAAAGCUGUCUUUCAGACAUCGUGGUAAAGUAUAUACCACAGCAUCUCUACGUGUGACUAGUGGGGCACCAGAUUUACUUCGAGCAUUGGGAAAAUUAGGUGGUGGAUUACGAAGGCGAGCUUUAUCAGCUCACGAUGUUCUUGCACCACCACCGCAGCAACCUUCGACUUUUUACGUUCCUAGUCCAAGCAAUGGAAGAACACCAUCUUCGCCAUCGCCGCCUCGACAAAGUGCCACAUUAAAUAGGCGAUGCAGCUCUCCUAACGUUUACAGAACGAAAGAUAGUCCUCGCGAUCGAACACCUCUCAUAAAUCAAGAUGAUGAAAGUCGUGAUGUUGUUGAUUAUAGUUAUGGGUUAGAGCGUAAGAAAAAUUCUAAGGAAAUUAGAAGUAGACCAUACAGUGAAAAUGUUGAAGUCGAAAAUAUAUACAGAAACGGCUAUAACCGAUUGACAUCAGAAACUUCAGAUAGGGUUUGGGAAGAGCCCUACAGACUACCUCGCGUCCAUGCGCGCCAAGAACCUAUACAACAACUACGUAACUCUGUAGCUGAGUUAAGAGUAAGCUCUACUCCUCGAUCUGCUCGCCCACCUCCUGCGCCACCUGGCUCAACUCCAAAAACUAAUAAGAAACCACCUGCACCUGAACCACGUGAUACCCACACUUUCGAGGUACGUUUUACUAAAUCAGCCGGAGGCAAAGGACUUGGCUUUAGUAUUGUCGGCGGACGUGAUUCUCCGCGAGGAGACAUGGGUAUCUUCGUCAAAACUAUUUUCAAUAAUGGACAAGCAGCAGAAUCUGGAUUACUUCGUGAAGGAGAUGAAAUAUUGUCAGUGAAUGGGCGAGGCACAGCUGGUUUGACACAUAGUGAAGCAAUCAGACUCUUUAAAGAUGUGCGUGCUGGUCCUGUAAUUCUGCGGGUAACAAGACGGGCGCCCGCGCGCUGACUGCCUUGCGCCUGUUGCGGUGAUCCGCUUCAGGCGCAAACUAACGUCUCAUCCUACUCCACUUUGUAAAUAAUUACUGUGUAUUUUAUAUUGAAAAAUAAUGUGAUGCCCGAUGCUUAAGCAGACUUUUGAUUUAAGUAAAUUGUUAUUUGCAUUGUAAACUCAAGUAUUUCUUGUAGUUAACAUAAAUUCUUUAACUUAGUCCAAAGAUGGAUACUAAAAAGUUUACAUGACAACAUGCAAGACCAAAAGUCUAUAUUAUUCAUAGGUUUGUAAUAUUAUGCACUUUUUGCUUAAGAACAUUAUUUAAAAAUAGAAUGCUUUUAAUUUUUAUUAUUGCUGUCACAAAAGCACAUUUUAUUAUAUUUAAUAUAUACAUAAUUAUUAAAGAAGACAAAAAUUUUAGUCUGUGAUAAUAUGAUUCAUGACGAAAGUUAAAAUUCACUGGCUACUAACUAGCUUUUAUUUAUUCUAUUUUUAAAAUUUCUGUAAGAAUGUAAAAAAUUACAUGUAUUUUAAAUUCAUUUAGAAUAGUUGUAUGCUGAUAAAAUAUCAUGUUAUUUAAAGACGGAUGGAAUAAGAUGAAAUUUAAUACAAAAACAGAUAAAGGCACUCAAUAUGUAGAAAUCAAUUUGUUAUGUAUGCUCCGAUAUAAGGUUUUAUCGUUUCAAUGUACCUUCGAUUUUUUUUAAGGCAACAUUUGAUGUUCAAGCCGUGCGGCAAGUUUUUUAUUUACUAAAGAAGUAUAACGUUACUAUUAACAGUUAUCAUCCUAAAAUAUAUCUUACUUAAUUGUAAUGACUGAUGAAAAUAAGUUAAACAAUAUAAAAAUAUAGUUAUAGAUUUAUUCCAACAAAACCUAACAGACAGAUUAAAAGUAACAAAAUGAUAAUAUUUAUUUCCUCAUAAGGAUCUCUCUUUCCAGUUUUAUUUCUUUCAAUAAUUAACGUUUCAGUUUUAAUUUGAGUUGGAGAUUUAUUUGAGUUUCCACGUAUAUUAUUCCUUAAUAAAUUUCGGUUUACAGUGUAAAGAGCGUGAAAUAAUUAGAGGCGAUGAAAUGUUUUUGAAAUUUAUUGAGAAUAACAAUAAAUAAGUUUUUCAUCAUCACAAUCAUCGGCAUCAACUGUUUAGGCACAAACAAACCAGUGAUAGAAUUACAAAACUAGCGCUUAGCACACAUUAGGUCUUACAACGUUGAAGUGGCUUCUUCCCUGCUGGAAAAACUCUGUUUAUUUAAAAAUAAUGGCUAUUGAUUCAAAUAAUAGGAUUGUAAUUAUUAGGAAUGAACUAAUUUUACUGGCAAGCAUAUAUGAUUAUUUAAGAUUAAAAAGCGAAUAUACGCCUAUAAAUAAAUAACAUUGUUAUAGCGCCUAUACAUGCAUCGAUAUUAGACUUACAAAUGUAUAUGAAUUUAAGAGAAACUAAUAAUAUUAUAACGUUCAUAGACUUUUUAACUAGUUUUUUAAAUAACAUGCGAUAAAUAGAAAAAUAUAUUUAAAUGUGUGACGAAUAUCCGAAGCACCAUUAAAUAAAUAGAUCAAUAUUUUGUAAAUAUUUUUAAUGUUAUGUAUAUGAAUUGGCAAUCAAAAAUGGAAUUCCGAAUAAAUGUAAAUAAUUUCUUACGCUGACGCUAAAAGAUUUUAUAUGCUAUAAUAAUAUAUGGAGCGCCAAAUUGUAUUUUUCAUACCAUACACAUAAAAUUGUGACGUAUAAAAAGUUAUUCUUGGCUUCUAAUUUUGAAUGUACUGUGGUGUAAAACAAAAAAUAUAAAGUAUUUUUGCAUUUUUGUAAAAAAUAUAAGCGAUUUUGUUUAAUAAAAUGUAAAAUUAGUCAGAUAGUUU